UCCCCCCACAGCCAUGUCUAUCCAGAAGAUCUUCGCCCGGGAAAUCCUCGACUCCCGAGGAAACCCGACGGUGGAGGUCGACUUGCACACCGCCAAAGGUCGCUUUCGGGCCGCCGUGCCCAGCGGCGCCUCCACCGGCAUCUACGAGGCCCUGGAGCUUCGCGAUGGGGACAAGGCCCGGUACCUGGGCAAAGGGGUGUUGAAAGCUGUGGAACACAUCAACAAGACCCUGGCCCCUGCUGUGCUGGAGAAGAAACUCAGUGUCGUCGAGCAAGAGAAGAUUGACAAAGUGAUGAUUGAUCUGGACGGCACCGAGAACAAGUCCAAGUUUGGGGCUAACGCCAUCCUGGGGAUCUCGCUCGCAGUCUGCAAGGCUGGGGCAGCCGAGAAAGGGGUCCCCCUCUACCGCCACAUUGCAGACCUGGCUGGCAAUGCAGAAAUCAUCCUGCCCGUCCCCGCUUUCAACGUGAUCAACGGCGGCUCCCAUGCAGGGAACAAACUGGCAAUGCAGGAAUUCAUGAUCCUCCCUGUGGGGGCCAGCAACUUCAAGGAGGCCAUGCGGAUCGGGGCCGAAGUCUACCACAACCUGAAAGCCGUCAUCAAGGCCAAGUACGGCAAGGACGCCACCAACGUGGGGGACGAGGGAGGAUUUGCCCCCAACAUCUUGGAGAACAACGAAGCCCUGGAGCUGCUGAAGUCUGCCAUCGGGAAGGCCGGCUAUCCUGACAAGGUGGUCAUCGGCAUGGACGUGGCGGCCUCUGAGUUCUACCGCAACGGCAAAUACGACCUGGAUUUCAAGUCUCCCGAUGAUCCGAACCGAUACAUCUCUGGGGAGAAACUGGGCGAGCUUUACCAGAGCUUCAUCAAGAACUACCCUGUUGUUUCCAUUGAGGAUCCUUUUGACCAGGACGACUGGGAGACGUGGAAGAAGUUCCUGACGCAGGUGCAGAUCCAGAUUGUGGGUGAUGACUUGACCGUGACCAACCCCAAGCGCAUCCAGAAGGCCGUGGAACAGAAGGCCUGCAACUGCCUCCUCCUCAAAGUCAACCAGAUCGGCUCUGUCACGGAGUCCAUCCAGGCCUGCAAACUGGCACAGAGCAACGGCUGGGGGGUCAUGGUGAGCCACCGGUCAGGGGAGACUGAGGACACCUUUAUCGCUGACUUGGUUGUGGGGCUGUGCACAGGACAGAUCAAGACAGGAGCGCCCUGCCGGUCGGAGCGUCUGUCCAAGUACAACCAGCUGAUGAGGAUCGAGGAAGAGCUGGGAGAGAAAGCCCACUUCGCCGGCCGCAAAUUCCGGAACCCCCGGGCCAAGUAAAGGACAUCUCUGCCCGGAGAUCCAGGGGACCCCCUCGCCCC